GCCUCGACUCUCGGCCAUGUGGAUGUCGUGAAAUAUCUGUUGGAGCAAGGCUUCAAUGUAAACCUCCAGGACUACAGCGGACAGACCUCACUCCACUGCGCAGCUGGGGACGGCCAGAAGGAUAUAAUUAUCAGUCAACUGGUCCAGAGAUACAAGGAGGGUGUCAGGGCUCAAGACCAUUCUGGCCGAACGCCUCUUCACUAUGCGGCGUCGAGAGGGAACCUAGACGCAGUUAAAAUGCUAGUGCUAGCCGAUGAAAGUACCAGCAAU